AUGAACUCCACAAAUUACACCAAUGGGUACAAUCCCAGCGAUGAUUACUUAUCUGAAUCCUCUGAAUCCGAAGAGUUUGAAACCCCAGUGAACUUGAAAUCAACUCGGUUAUCUCGUGGGAAGCCCAAAUCUACGGACGAGACCGCAGUAAUACCUUGGCUAGAACAGAACAACAAGGUAUUCUUUUUGCCCACCAUGAAUGAAGAGACCUUCAUCGAUCAUGGUUGCACUUUGGAUGCAGAAGGCUACCCUCUCCUGCCAAACGGAAACACAAUAUUUGUCAAGCCAAGCGGAACCAAGAUUACAAACUUUGGAAAUGCCGGCUUUGCAAAACAAACCGGAUCCGAAUAUUGGUCUAAGGGGAUUUGGAAGCUAACACGGAUCUACUGUCUUGGAACACUUGCCUGUGACUUGCCUGAAUGUAGGUGGGCAGGCGCACCACCAACAGGACGCGGAGACAUGACAGAGUAUCUCCAAAGGCUCGGCCGGAAAGUGUCCUGGGAACGUUUGACACCUUGCAUGCAAGAACACUCUCAUCCAAGUGGACGAGCACGUUGCGACCGGAUGGGCUGUCUUGAGGCACAAAGGGGUAUACAUGGCCAUCCAUGGCCAGAGGCGAAGAAGCCUGACAAACUAGCCAAGGAGGCCCUCAAGAACGAAAUCUUGAAGAAUCCCAAGGCGGGGGCUUUAUCGCUGAAGGUGGGCGAACCAAUUGCCCCACGAGAUCCUUUUGACAGCGUGAUGACCAUCCACCCUGCUCUGCGGAACGCCGACCGCCUCAGAUACUACCGGAAGCUUAUGCUCCGAGAGAUGAACACAACACCCAAGAAACUAGGGGCUGGUGUGGGCGACAAGUUCAUCAACAACAUGUUCAUGUGGUCUAAGCGUGGCCUCCAGAUCACCUUGGCAUUGUUCCUAGAUGGUUUUGAGCAUUUCACAUUCCAAACGGAAUGGAUGUCAAAACAAUUGUUGGCUCGCAACUUAGACAACCAAGUCUACAGUGGCGGGUUGGUCUCCGACGUCACUUACCGUUUCUUUGAGAAUGGAUACUUAUUGUCCACCUCGAUCUACUACCGGACUCAUUUCGCAAUAUUAUUCCGGCAAUUUGUCAAGCCUAAAAUCACCGCAGUUGAACGUGAUAUCCUUGUUCGCAAUGUGGUUGACUUCUCGCUUGCACAAAGGGAAGGAUUUAUUGAAGCAUACGGCGAGGUGUUUGGGAUAUUUGAUCGAGAACAGGUCCUUGGUAAGCUUCAAGGCUGUCACCAGCAUUACCGGGCUCAGGUGACUCGUGUAAGGGUGAACAGAAACGUCAUAAUGGCUGGUGAUGAGGCUAAGCGCUGGAUCGACUGGUGGACAAUGGCCGACGUUGAGGCUAUGCUUUUUCCAUCCCGUUGGCCUCAGGAUGAAGAUGCCUCCAAAGGACUCAAUCCGCUACCUAACACCUUCAACGCGCAGGAAAGUCUGCAUCCUCUUCUCAUUUGUGAAGGUCUGGAAGAAGACUUCGAUGCUGUCAUGUGCGGGGUCUCCAUCGAAUACGGGUCGCAACGGAAAGGAGAGACUGAUGUGUCUCAAUCGAUUGGAUGGGAGAAGUCUCGUAAGCGGGCCCCAAAGGCUGUCCCACUGGGUCCGGAGAAGAAGAUAAGGCACGAUUACAAAAACGAUGGUCGUGCACCAGAUACGACCAAGGCCCUCCUCCCAGAACUUGUGAAGAAGAAGCUCGGACGGCCCUCGGGUGCGCCCAACAUCAACAGGAACCCUUUCAGUACUUAUGCCUCAUAUAAGGCCUCAAAGAAGGACCAUCUUAGGAAUCGCUGCUGGAUGGCUGCCACUUUGGAAUCCCUCUACGCGUUGUUCAGUCCACUUUGGCUUCGAGGCUCCAGCGGGCAGGGCACAUCCAUCUAUACCACGGUGGUCAAGCAUUUCACUUCCAGAUCAACCUAUGAACUUACUGAGUCCGGAUUGAUUUGCUCGAUUCUUUCAAAAGCUCAAGGGACCUUAAUUCACCUGGCCAGCGCUAAGAGUCCGGGCAGCUUUGUGGCUGGAGAGUUUGCAUCAGCAGACUUCUUCAUGGAUUUGAUCAUCGAUACCAAAGAAAACCCCAAUCGGGCCUUGAAAGGUCUAUUUGAACUGGAAGAGGUCCGAGAGCUGACCUGCGACCAUCACAAGGUGGGGGCGCAGGAGGUCUGCCGGGCUUUGCAUGUCAUUAACAUCCGUCAACGUUCCUUUGCAUUCAACGACCUCGUGGUGUCUAAUGUGGCUGCGCUGGUGAGCCGGUGGACUACCACGGGCCUAAACGGGUGGUCUGGCCUAUGCUGUAAAACAUGUAAUCCGGUUCAAAAGACUUCAGAAACCCAGCAGGAUGAUCGGGAAGAUUCCCCGGUUGAAGUGGCACCACCAGGAUCUUGGAGCCGUGACAAGGAUGUUCUCUUGAAGGAGCGGUCGCAGAUGAAAUUUUUGAACAAGACCCCGCCCGCCCAUCUGUACUUUCACCUUGAGGUUGGUUCAAUUAUCGACGAGGAUGAACAACAGGCAUUCAUGGCCUCGACUGACUGGCCAUUUACUCUCAACAUCCUAGAAGUCCGGUACACCCUCAUGGCGCAAGGUUACUGGGACGGCAGCCACUAUUGGUGCAAGGUUGUGAGGAACGUUCGUGGUCGGAGUGGGGUUUGGUUACACAAUGAUCUUCUGAACGACGGCUACACUCAGAUGACCAGCCCUACUGCAAGUGAUCUAGGGGGCACGGCGGCCCAUAAUAGCUGGCUCAUGUAUUCAAGGGCUUGGAAUGACAGCGAGGCCAAAUUUGUCAGCGAGAAGAUCAAGCAGAUCAAAAAGGACAAUCCCCGAGCAAGUGGCCAGGUUCCGUUUUGGAAUAUCAAGGAUUUAUUGGAGAAAUCGGAUGCGUUUGAGCUCGACGAUGUCAAACCAGGGGCGCUUGGUGUUGAUUUGAGCAGCGGGGAAUCAACAGGUACGGGCUUUUGUCUAUUGGAUUUGGAUCUGAUGGGGGGCUCACAACAGGAAGUAACUUCUAUUUCAAUUUUAGAGAACGAGGCAAGCAAUGGCAACGGCGAAAACAUGCCACUGACAGGUAAAAUUCUGGAGUCUGAAAACGAGAUGGGCGAUCCGGAAUUAACGGCGCCAACAGCGUUACUUCCAAAACUCCCAAAGCUGAAGCUAAAUCUCGCGAGAAAAGAGAUCUUGGAGGUUGCAAAACCGGUGGAGGAGGUGGUCAAAGGAAAGAGGGCAGGGAGCAAAACCGUGAAGGCUGCCGAGAAGGCAAGUGGGCAGGGGGGAACUCGUUGGAGCAAACGAGUGGUGUCUAAAGCUUGUUGA